UCACGAUCUGAUAUUAAUUAUAAUGAUUGUGUUCCGUCCAAUUCAUAUAAAAGACAAGUUGUUAGAGUGCUUCGACCUCUCCGGUUACAACUCCGAUCUGAGCAUCAUGAAGUUUGCCGUAGUUUCAACUCUUCUCUGUGUCGCUAUAUACCUGCCCCGACCAGGUAUGGGUUGGGGAGGUUAUGGAGGUGGCGUAGCCCCAUCAAACCCUGGAUUUCCAUCCAAUCCUGGAUUUCCAUCCAAUCCUGGAUUUCCAUCCAAUCCUGUACAAGAUUAUGGAAAUCCUUUCCUUCCUGAAGCUCCUACAUUUCCUGUAAACCCAGUUGGCAAGCCAUCUACACCAACUAGACCCAAGCGACCAAAAAAGCCAAGCCGUGGUGGAAGAGCUAACCAAUGUAAGACGUACGCUAACAGAGGAAGUUGUCGAUUCUAUAAAUGUUUCAACAAGAUUGAAUCUGACUGCCUGGCCAAGGGCGAAUUCUUAAUCGACGAUUUAGAAACUUUCUGCCUGAACACCAAACCCUUGAUCAAACGAAACAGAUUCACUGCAUGGGGGAAGAAAUACAUCAACAGUGUUCGACGUUGCCAGAACGCUCUAUUGGUUAAUUUUGUCUCCAACAAGAACUGUGGCGCUAUCAACGGUCAAGCUACUGUGGCCCUACUUGGAUUAGAAACUGGUGCCGUCGAUCAAUCGGAUUGCUACUGGCAGAAGGAACAAUUCUGUGAAAUAAUUGGUAACGCCCGGGACAAUGCCGCUUUGGUAGAAGCAGUCUUUGGAGAUGAUGAUGGUGGCUUUGACGAUAAUCAAAUUGCACAAGCUGAACAUUUCCAAUAUUUGGCUACUUUCUGUCCACAAGAUGCCCAAAAUGUGUUUCAACAGAACUUUGUCAACAACUGUCCACCCGGAACUAUUCAGGGCCAAAAUGAUGAACCACCAACUACACCAAUGAUGAUGAUGAUGGGUGGUGGUGGUGCUGACUAAUCGUUGUGAUUAGACAAACUUUUACUGCUUUUGCUUACCCUAAAUAAAUUGCCAA